UUCUACCCCGCUCGCCAGCAGCUGAGUACCGUCCACAGAGAUAACAAUGCAGUUGAUAUAUUCUACAUAAGUGGCUUUCAAAUGCUCUCACGGUCCGAGGUCAACGCUUGCUGUAUGUUUCACGACGAUGUCCAAACUGUCAUUCACUAUCUGCAAAUCCCUGGUGGCCGACAAGCGACAGGGCCAGCAACAAAUUCAAACUCAGCAUUCCAUCGCCACCUCUCUAGUGCCGUCAGCUCUACUUCUGGCUCCCCACUCAAAGGUUCUCCUCGUACUUUCAGCUCCCGAGAGGAUUCCGAUGACGAAGAGGAGAGCAGGAUCAUGUUUGCUGAUGGCGGGCGUAAAGAUGAGCUAGAGUCCAACGAUGAUGAAGAGGGCCAUCUCGAGGACGAGCUUAUCACUUCUUUCAACGGUGCACAGCGGUGCGUCUUUUUCUGCUCUUUCCAACAUUUCUACAACUCACAAAAGGCACUUGUGCUACCUAUAUCAUCUAGUGUCAAUGUCAAAAAGUCCAAGACCAAAGUCCUUACGGGCCCUCUUGUCAUUCUUUCAAAGCGAGCGCCUGGCUCAGGAUUUUGCUUCGAAGGAAUGACACGGGAGGCAGCACGGAAACGUCGUGCAGGUGCUGCACAAUUCAUCCAUGACUCUGCGAAAGCGAGCACGGGUGCAGACAAGAGCGUUGGAGGGUUAGGCACGCGCGAUUCCAUCAACUCUGGUCUCCCUAACUCUCAGGUGUCCAGUUUGGUGGUAAAGAAGUCAAACUCGACGCAAGCGCGACGUCUAUUGAUGAAGAGACAAAUAUGACAGCAGAAGAACGCGCGAGAGUCGACAUUGUAGAAGAGAUGGAAGACCAAAAAGCUUUUCGUGCGCUGCUGGCUGGGGAUAUGGACUCGGCGCCCCAGAUCGAUUC